AUGAGCGAAAAUCAGGAAAUUCAUCGAAAUCUCGAAAAAAGAAGCCAAGUUAUUUUUGAAAGUUAUCGAUACCCAAAAAAUCGAUAUGGAUUCAAGUGUAUGGCUGGAAAAGAAGGAUUUCGAGGAUUACCUGAUGGUUAGAUUUUUCAUCUACAAAAUUAAUUUCAAAAAAUAAUUCAAUUAUUUUUCAGACGUGAAAUCAUUCAACGUGUCACGUGGAAUGCAUUUCGAUUUUAUGAUUGUUCGAAUUUUUGAAUUGAUGUUGGAAUUAUGGCUAGAAAUUCAGCGGGAUCAGGAAGAAAAGAAAAAGCGAACUCGAUAUCAAUGA